GGGAUAAUUAGCCAACAUCAGAAGAUAUAACUGCUAUCACGAAUACACACGCCCAUCAAUCUUGCCCUAAUCGUACGCCGUCCGAAUCAGAAAAACCUGCUUUCGUGCCACUCCGAUAACAUGCCAGCUGGCGAGCUCCAGAAUCCGACGGAGAGGAACGAGGAGGAAGCGUGGGUAUGGGCGCAGAUAAAGGCGGAGGCGAAGCGCGACGCGGAGUCGGAGCCGGCGCUGGCGAGCUACCUGUACUCGACGAUCCUGUCGCACUCGUCGCUGGAGCGGUCGCUGUCGUUCCACCUCGGGAACAAGCUCUGCUCGUCCACGCUCCUCUCCACGCUUCUCUACGACCUCUUCCUCAACGCCUUCUCCUCCGACCCCUCCCUCUGCUCCGCCGCCGUCGCCGAUCUCCGCGCCGCCCGCAUCCGUGACCCCGCCUGCGUCUCCUUUUCCCACUGCCUGCUAAACUACAAGGGCUUCCUAGCCUGUCAGGCACACCGAGUGGCUCAUAAGCUGUGGACGCAAUCUCGGAGGCCACUGGCCCUAGCGCUACACUCUCGAAUAGCGGACGUGUUCGCGGUGGACAUCCACCCGGCAGCGAGGAUCGGGAAGGGGAUCCUGUUCGACCACGCGACGGGGGUGGUGGUGGGCGAGACAGCCGUGAUUGGGAACAACGUGUCGAUCCUGCACCACGUCACGCUGGGUGGGACUGGGAAGGUUGGGGGGGACAGGCACCCCAAGAUUGGAGACGGAGUGCUAAUCGGAGCGGGUGCAACCAUCUUGGGGAAUGUGAAGAUCGGGGAAGGGGCAAAGAUUGGGGCAGGCUCGGUGGUUCUGAUCGACGUGCCGCCGCGGACCACGGCGGUGGGGAACCCAGCAAGGCUGGUGGGAGGGAAGGAGCGGCCUUCUAAGCAUGAAGAUGUGCCUGGCGAGUCCAUGGAUCAUACUUCGUUUAUAUCUGAGUGGUCAGAUUACAUAAUCUAAGAGUUUGUUCUUUGUUCCACUGAAUUCAGCCUACUGGCACGUUGUAAGCUUUGUAAUGUAAAUGAUGUGUAUUGAAUACUCAAUACGGGACCUAUCUGCUGCCCGCUGGUGAUAGAAACUUGCCCUGAGCGCUCGGUAGUAUUUUUCCUGAAACUUUUAUGGUGCGUUUGAAUAAUAUUCGAACCGGGUUUUUAUUCAAAAACCCGGAACUCGAAUCCAUGGUGAAUAAAACCCAUCUGCCUCUUGAAUAUUGUUUUGAA